CGAUAUUUUGUUUUGGAAGAAGAUAAGAAAAGUUUCGAAGCUGGAAGUGAACUUUUAAAUUUCCAUUUCGUACUAAUUUUUACCAAAGUUUUUGCUAAUUAGUUUGUUUAAUAACAUGAAGACUGAAGUAAUCGAAGUUUGAAUAUCUUCUUGAAUGAGUUUUCCAUCAAUCGGUUCGUUUCAUUCGAUAUUUUUGCUCAAAUAUCAACACGUCAGACUGAUCAUUGCGUAGAAAUUCGUUAUCUCAGUGAUGACGUUUUAGUAAUUAACUUUGAAUUCGCGUUAAAUUACUUUAAAAAUGGCCACAGACAAGCAGAUUUUAAUCGAUAUUGAUUCAUCUCCGCAAGAGGAAUCGUUUAAAUUCCAAGACUUCGCCCCAACCGAAUCAAAGUUACCUUAUAAUGCAGACACGAAAGGACCAACCAUCAAGGAUGAGACCACCGACCGGAAACUCUCACUUUGGUCAUUGGAAUAUUUUCAGCAGUUCUUCGACGUAGAUACGGAUACAGUGGUGGAAAGAAUAAUUGCCAGUAUGCGACCAAAACCUGGCAUUAAUUAUUUGCAACAUCAUAUUAAAUCGAAACCCGAUCUGUAUGGACCUUUUUGGGUCUGCGUUACUCUAGUUUUUACCAUCGCUAUUAGCGGUAAUAUGGCUAAUUAUUUACAAGCAGCAUCGCAACAAAUGGAGUAUCGUUGGAAAUACGAUUUUCACGCUGUAUCAUCUUCGGCUAUGACUAUCUUUUUAUACGCUUGGUGUGUACCGAUCAUUUUAUGGGCUCUGUUGAAAUAUCAAGGCAAUGAGCAUUUUCAGCUUACGUUGCUCGAGUUGAUGUGCGUGUACGGAUAUUCCCUAUCCGUUUAUAUUCCGAUCAGCAUUUUAUGGGUAAUACAAGUGAAUUGGAUUCAGUGGAUGUUGGUUUUCAUCGGAGCUGCGUUAUCUGGCUACGUUCUAAUUCAGUCCAUCGGACCAGCGUUUGGAGACAAGAAUUUCAUUUUAUUGUUGGUAUUUCUGGGACUCCAUGUACUUUUGGCUGUAGGCUUCAUGUUAUACUUUUUCCAUGUACCACCGAUGACUCGUGUAGAUAACUUACAUUCUAAUCAAAAUAUUGUUUUGAAUGCAAGUAAAACGAUAUAAUAAUUUUACAUGUUAACGUGUAUAUUUUUCGAUUAAUUUUUUGUUUCGUUGUGAGAUCUCACUGGAAUUUUCACAUUUGUACAUUUACAUUAUGUCAUUAUAAUAUGUUUGUAAUACCAGAAUUGUACCUAUAAUUUUCUUUCGAUGUAAACUAUUAUUCUAAUACUAUAUCUCAAAGAAAUGCAUUGUUUGUAUAGUAA